CACGCCCCAAUGUAGUUGCUUAUCUCUCUCUCUCUCUCUCUGUUAUAUAUUAUGUAGUUCCUCCGUUCUUGUUCCUCUAUUUCACUCAGCUCCCACCUUUGUCUUUUGGAAGACUUCUAGUCAUGAUGAGAGUAGAGAAGAUGCUUCCUUCCAUACUCUGCUUGGUGGUUUCCAUCGCCGCAGGACCAGGUUGGGUUGGAAACGCGGCGUCCUUGCCGGCCAAACAGAUCGAGAGAGGCUUCUCGGCCACCCACGACCCAUCCUACUCCGAGUUCCAGCCUCUCCUCGCCGACCCGAACGGCGUUUUCUCCCUCGGCUUCCUCCGCUUCAACUCCACCCAGCUCGAGCUCGCGGUCCUCCACCUCCCCUCCUCCCUGCCCGUCUGGCGCGCCAACACGGCUCGCCCAGCACUCUGGACCGGGUCCACCUCCUUCUCCUUUAAUGGCACCCUGGCCCUCUCCGACCCGGAAACAGGGAUAAUCUGGUCGACCCCGACCGCCGGCGGGGACCGACUCGUUCUCCUUGACUCCUCCAACCUUCAAAUCCAAAAGCAUGGAGAUCCCAUCGAUGUUCUAUGGCAAAGCUUCGAUUUUCCAUCGGAUACUCUGGUCCAGAACCAGAACUUUACCUCGAAGGCCGCUCUUUUGUCCACGAACCGGAGGUAUUCUAUGCGUUUGGGCUCGAACUACCUCUCCCUUUCUAUGGAAGUCGGCAAAGACCCGGCGCCGAUGUACUGGAAGCACACGGCAAUGGAAGCCAAGGCCCAGAUCGUCCCUGGCCAAGGGCCGAUCUACGCCCGGGUCGAACCGGCCGGGUUCCUCGGCAUGUACCAAAACGAGAAGCCCCCCGUCGACGUGCUAUCCUUCGACACGUUCAGCAGAGGGAUCUCCGGGCUCCGCCGCCUGACCCUGGAACCCGACGGGAAUCUUCGGGCGUACUACUGGAAUGGCUCGACCUGGGUGCGGGACUUUACGGCCAUCACCGAGCCCUGCGGCCUCCCAAGCACCUGCGCCUACGGCCUCUGCAGCACGGGGGAGCCCCUCUGCAAAUGCCUGGAUGACAGCACCGACGGGUGCCUCCCGGCGGAUUCCGGCGAUCUUUGCGGAUCGGAAGGAGAUGAUUUCUGGGUUUUGAGAAGCAAAGGCGUCGACUUGGCGAACAAGGAGCUUCUGGGGUUCCAAAAGGUGGUGUCUUUGGCGGAGUGCGAGGAUUCCUGCGAGCGGAACUGCACCUGCUGGGGCGCCGUCUUCAACAACGCGACGGGGUACUGCUACCGAAUGGAUUACCCGAUAGAGACGGUGGUGGAGGGAGACGAGGGGAAGGUGGGAUACUUUAAGGUGAGGGCGAGCGCCGGCGGCGGAGGGCGAGAGGAAGAAAGCCCGCGGAAGAAGACCGGGGCGGUCUUGCUAGUGGUCGGCGUCGUUAUCCUCGCCGGAGCGGCGGGGUUCGGGGCUUACCGGAUGCGGAACCGGAUGAGGAUGAGAGGCGACGUCGAUGGGUCGAUGACGGUGGGGCUCGCUCCGGGACCGUAUAAGGAUCUGAACUCGGCCUCCUUUCGAUCGAUCGAGCUCUCCAACUCGUUCAAAAAGUGAGGCAGGCAGAGAGCGAGAGAUAGAGAGAGAGAGGAGCACGUCGCUCUCUGGCCGGAGUGCCUUCGGCGGUGCGAGGCCGGGAGGGGAAGCGUGGAUCGCGUCCGAUGGCCCAUCCAACGGUUCUGAUUUUUUAAGAUGGAAGUGAAAUGAAAGAGAGAAUAUAUUCUUUUUCGUUGAUUUUUUUAUCUUUUACAUGAGUCACGGGUUUAGUAUAAGCUGGGUCAUUUAUGUUACCAUUUUGAGACCAUGCGCCCGCUGUUCUUUGGUACAGUAGAUGGAUGAAUCUCAGGCGUUGAUCUAGACUACCAUCUCGUGGAUGGAUCUCCAACUCUGUGCCCCUACCCUUUUUUUUUUUUUUUACCUCUUUCGUAAUAAGGCACCAGCACCGAUUUUAAUUCUAUUUUAUUUCAGCGGGCCGUAGCCCAUGGAUCUCGAGUUCUGAUUUGUUGCUUUGCAGGAAAGCAAAUCCUGUUCUCAAAGAACUAUAUCAGAUAUGCUUUAUGUUUCUUCACUUAAUUAAUCCUGUUCUUCAAAUUUCACCUGCAAACCCAUUUUAUUAGUUUGAUCUCUUGACAUAUAAGUUACUAGUACUGAAUCUUUAUUAUGCUUGUUUUGUAUAAGCCGCAUGUUGUUUACAGUUAUAGGCAAUUUAUCCAAGGUUUAGUCAAAUACCGGUCACCUUGGGCAUCUCUUUGUUGUGGUGAUGCUCAUAUAAUGAUGUGUUUGUCGUCAGAUCUUCCGGUUGCCAUAAGAACUUCAAAAUGAAAGAAAUCCUCGCAAGGUUAAGUGAAUAAAGGUAUACGGGCGCUUGCAUGGAAAGGAUACGACACAAGUGUUGCAUAUGUCUACUUAUUUAUCAAUUGAUGUCACUGAUAUAACAAGUCCAUCUCACGGGGACUAUUUCUGAUUGUAUUCUUCCUAAGGACUCAACCUUUGAAUUUGAGAGGAAGAGAAACAGGACUGAGAGAUAUGACAGGAAUGUUACUAAGAACACAUUGAAGGCCAUAAAGAAGAUUGAUAAAGUCGCGAUGAGGAUGAAGGGUAAGAUGGCAAAGGAGAAGGCCGAGGCAAUCAAGGAAUGAGAACAGAGCAUAAACAUGGUUGAACAACCGGUUAGCUUUUCGACAAGAUGCUUCACUCACCCUUCCAAAGAUUGAAUCGCAUGGAGGAAUCGUUGAUUAAUUUUGUGCAAUGGCCAAACAUUCUACAGAGCACUUCAAAGAGUCAAUCGCAUGGAGGAAUCGUUGAUUAAUUUUUCUUAAGGACUUUUUGUUUGUUAACUAUUGUAAUGCCAAGGCAUGCGGGAAAUUUUGUUUUGAGUUGUAUGCUGAGAAAUCCAAAUGGUGGUUGCCUGGCUAGCUUGGAUUUUCCCUCUCUACUUUGAGAUCUCAAUCUGUAAAUUAGUGGCAUUAACACUGCAUUUGAAUCAAAA